AUGGGUAUCCAGGGUUUGGCCAGAUUUAUAGAUGARCAUGGAGCGAUUUUAACAGAUGAUCGCUUCAGAAACAGCAAGGUGGUCAUAGAUGGUAGUAAUAUCUACCACHUUCUUUAUUUUAACUCAAGUGUGGAUCAGCAGCAUGGAGGGGAUUAUGAUGAUUUUGAGGACCAGGUCUGCAAGUUCUUUAAGGCUCUGAGAGAUUGUAGCAUUGAACCUUAUGUGAUUAUAGACGGAGGCUCCGACCACACCGACAAAAAGUUUGAAACGCUCAGAGAACGAGGUCAAUCAAAGAUCAACACAGCCAACAAUUGGUCCAAGGGGCUUCGAGGGGACAGGUUAAUACCAACCCUUGCCAGACAAGUCUUUAAAGAGGUCCUUUCCAGCCUGAAGGUGCCYUUCACACAGGCCAUUUUUGAGGCAGACCAAGAAAUAGCCUCACUGGCUCAAAAGUGGAACUGUCCGGURCUGUCCAAUGACAGUGACUUUUAUAUUUUUGACAUCCAGGCAGGAUAUCUUCCCUUGCCCCAUUUUAAGUGGCAGAACGCGUCGGUGCAACGCUGGAGUUCUCAAAAUUACAUCCCCUGCAAGCGAUACACCACAACAGGCUUCUGCAGACAAGUCAACAUCAACAGACAGCUUCUCCCAGUCUUCGCUGCCAUCGCAGGAAACGACUACGUCAACUUGCAUAACAUGGGCUUUUCCAUCAAGUUUGAAGACAACUCGUCGAUGGAACCCAAUCGGAAGCCAAGGGUUGCCUUCUUCAACAGGUUGUUGAAUUGGCUGGCCCCUUUCCAGCAGCAGCAGGAGGCCUUCAACUCUUUUCCCCUCCUCAUCGGUCAUGGGGAAAACAACACGGAUGUGGCCCUCCAGGCCCUCUCUCUGAGCAUAGAAACAUACCAGAUUCAAACCGGUUGCCUGGAGAGGUUCUUCAAUGAUGGCGAGGCGCCUGAUCCCGGCCAUCUCCCAGAAGCUCUGAGUGUCCUUCCAGACUGGACCCUGCUGCCGUUGAUGAAGGGGACACUUCCCCCCUACAUGAUAUACAUUCUGCAGCUGAGGCCAGUGGUACAAGGUGUCCAAGUGGAAGACCACAGCUUACCCAGCGGGAACAUCACCUCUCGGCCCAUACGGCAGGUAUUCUACGGGCUGCUGCUGGGUGAGAGCAGGGAAGUGGAGGAGUAUGACAGGGAAGGGAAGAAACUGACCAGCAGCAUGGUUGAAGCCAUCUUGCCCAGAGUUGCACAACAGCUUCAGCUAGACACACUGGAUCAGAGGAGGGACCAGUGUUGGAAGAGGCUGAGAGGGCUGAUUCAGAAUCCUGAUUUAGGAGCUGAUUUAGACCUGGGUGUGGCCCACGCCUAUAGCCAAUGGCAGUGCUGCCUGAAGGGCCUUGACCUGAACCAACUGCUGUGUCUCCCUCUACCUGAGCCUCAGUGUGCCUGGCUGUACAAGGGAACUCUGGUGCACCAGCUUGUGGCCAACUGA